GCGCGGCAGGUGCGCGGCCGGCCUCCCUCUUCUCAGCAGCUCGCUCGUCGCCCGAAUCCUCGGGAUCCCAGCGCGGCCGGGUCGAGGAGCUGGCAUGGCCUGAGCGCCCGCGGCGACGGCGGCGGCGGCAGCAGCAUGGGGAACCAGGACGCGAAGCCGAAGAGGAGUGCGGGCGAUGCACCGCACGGAGGCGGCGGCGGCGGCAGCGGCAGCGAGGACGCCGCCGGGCCCCGCGAGGCCGAGGGCACAAAGAAGGCGGGCGGGGGCAAGAAGGCGCCGGGCCGGCACGGCAAGGGGGGCGGCGGUGGGGAGCCGGGCAGGAAGAAGAGCCGGUCGGAUCCCAGGGCCUCGGUCUUUUCCAACCUGCGCAUCCGGAAGACCCUGUCCAAGGGCAGAGGUGCUGGCGGCUCCCGUGAGGAUGUGCUGGACCCCCAGGCCCUGCAAGCCGGCGAGCUGGACAGCGCCCACUCCCUGGUCACCAAAACCCCGGACCUCAGCCUCUCGGCCGACGAGACGGGCCUGUCCGAUACGGAGUGUGCCGACCCUUCCGAGGUGACGCGGCCCCGGGGUCCUGGCUCCGCCGGGGUCGGGGGCCCGGCGGUGGCCGAGGAUUCGGAGACUGCGGCGGGGGUGCAGGAUGGACAAAGGACCAGCUCGGGCUCAGACACAGACCUCUACAGCUUUCACUCGGCCGCGGAGCAGGAGGACUUGCUCUCGGACAUCCAGCAGGCGAUCCGCCUCCAGCAGAUGCAGCAGCAGCAGCAGUCCCCGAGCCCCGAGUCGCCCCCGGCGUCGCCCCCCUCCGCCGCCCCCCCGCCCGGGGCCCUGCCGGGCCUGGACCGACCCCUGCCGGGCCCAGGCGCCGAGGCGGCGCCGUCCGCGCGCCCCGACCAGCCCCCGGCUGCAGACCAGCCCGCGGCCGCCGCCUUGCCGUCUCCCGGGUCGGCUCCCGGCGAGCGAGGGGCCGCGGACACGGACGAGGAAGGCGAGGAGGACGCUUUCGAGGACGCGCCUCGAGGCUCUCCGGGGGCGGAGUGCGGCCCGGCGGCUGCAGAGGCCCCGCGCAGGCCGGGGGCGACGCGCGAGGAGGGCUCGCCGAGGCCCAGCGUCCCCGCGGCCGCCUCCCCGCCCUGCAGCCCGGCGCUCAGCCCGCGCUGCUCCCGGGCCCGCCCGCUCCUGGCGCCCUGCUACGUCAGGACCACCACCCGGCAGCUCAGCUCGCCCGGGCCCUCCCCGGCCCCGUCCCCCAGCCACAGCCCCCGGGUCCAGAGACGGCCGGAGUCCUCCCUGGACCGGGGGUCCGGAGCCGCCGCGGCCCCCGCCGCCGCCGCCGCCCCGGCCAGGAAGCCCCGCGCGGGCCGCAGCCGCUCGGCCGACUGGACCGCGGAGCUGGGCCGCGCGCCCGGGGCGGGGGUCUCGGCGCACCUGGCGCAGCGCGGGGCGGGCGGUCUUCAGGACGUGUUCGCAGGGCGAACUCUGCUGGAGAAGCUGUUCAGCCAGCAGGAGAACGGGCCUCCAGAAGAAGCAGAGAAGUUCUGCUCGCGGAUCAUUGCCAUGGGACUCCUUCUUCCGUUCAGUGACUGCUUCAGGGAGCCGUGUGGUCAGAAUGCCCAGUCCAGCUCAGCUCCGUUUGAUCAAGAUCAACUUUACACCUGGGCUGCAGUUAGUCAACCUACACACUCACUGGAUUAUAUAGAAGGGCAGUUUCCCAGGAGAGUCCCAGCUGCUUGGCCACCAUCUAAACCUCCUGACGAAGAACACAGGCCCAAGGAUGCUGACACAGAGUCUCAAUCUGCUGUUUUAGAAACUCCGAAAAAAGGUUCAGAUGCUGCUCAGCAGGAAGUUUGUGACAUGAAAUCUGAGGGUCAGGCCACUGUCAUUCAGCAGCUGGAGCAGACCAUUGAGGAUCUGAGGACCAAAAUAGCUGAGCUAGAGAAGCAGUACCCAGCCACAGACAUGGAGGCGGCCGCCUCCGGAGACGCGUGUCUGCGAGCUCUCAGGUUGGGAGAAAAGGAUGUAGUGCCUCAAAGGAUUUUACAGGCAAAGUCAAUCCAGACGUCCCCGACAGAGGAGGGUGGGACGCUGACUCGUCCUCCCACGGGCGCCCUGCCUGAGGCCGCGAAUGGAGACUCAACCGGGCCGUCCUCACCUCCCGGACCUCAGACCAAAUUCUGUGCAGAGAUUUCUUUGGUCGUGUCUCCAAGGCGAAUAUCAGUUCAGCUCGAUGCACAUCCAUCCCUGCAGGCUCCACCACCCACGUCGCUGCCCUGGUCUGAUGGUCAAGGACAGGCGAGCUCACAGCCUUCCCAUCCUUCUUUUCACACGGAGUUUGAAACCAGCCACGAGCACUCUGCUUUCCCCUCCUCUGAAAACAGCCGUGACAUCCCCACUGCGCUGCCUCUGUCUCCCACGUUCUCCCACCAGAUGCCUGGUCUGGGUACCGUGGCUCCUCCACGGCCCCCGCCCCAUGUCGCGCCUGAGCCUGCACUGCCCAGCCCACCGUGCCCCUCACCUCCUCCUCUGCCUGGUCCAGAGAUGCUGCAACACCCUCCCCUACCUUUGCCUGGUGAGGGAAUUCCUCCCGCCCCCCCUCUUCCCGCAGUGGGAAUUCCUCCCGCCCCCCCUCUUCCUGGCGUGGGAAUUCCUCCCGCCCCCCCUCUUCCCGCAGUGGGAAUUCCUCCCGCCCCCCCUCUUCCCACAGUGGGAAUUCCUCCCGCCCCCCCUCUUCCCACAGUGGGAAUUCCUCCCGCCCCCCCUCUUCCCACAGUGGGAAUUCCUCCCGCCCCCCCUCUUCCCACAGUAGGAAUUCCUCCCGCCCCCCCUCUUCCUGGCGUGGGAAUUCCUCCCGCCCCCCCUCUUCCCACGGUGGGAAUUCCUCCCGCCCCCCCUCUUCCCGGGGUAGGAAUUCCUCCCGCCCCACCUCUUCCCGGGGUGGGAAUUCCUCCCACCCCCCCUCUUCCUGCAGUAGGAAUUCCUCCCGCCCCUCCUCUUCCCGGCAUGGGAAUUCCUCCCGCCCCCGCUCUUCCCGGGGUAGGAAUUCCUCCCGCCCCACCUCUUCCCGGGGUGGGAAUUCCUCCCGCCCCACCUCUUCCCGGGGUGGGAAUUCCUCCCGCCCCCCCUCUUCCCGGGGUGGGAAUUCCUCCCGCCCCCCCUCUUCCCAGCGUGGGAAUUCCUCCCGCCCCCCCUCUUCCCAGUGAAGGAAUUCCUCCUGCUCCCCCUCUUCCCAGUGAAGGAAUUCCUCCCGCUCCCCCUCUUCCCAGUGAAGGAAUUCCUCCCGCCCCUCCUCCUCCUUUGCCAGGUGUGAGGGUUCCGCCUCCUCUAGCCCCUCCCCCUCCUCCCCCUCCUGGAACAGGUGUCCCCCCACCCCCCCCACCCCCUCUGCUUCCUGGAUCCGGCCUUCCUCUCCCACCACAAGCUGGGAGUACCACUUCACCAACACUGCAGGCAUGUGGAUUUCUUCCUCCACCGUUGCCAGCUGGCUUGUUUGGAUUCGGGUUGAACCAGGACAGAGGCAGCAGGAAGCAGCCAAUAGAGCCUUGUCGGCCGAUGAAGCCUCUGUAUUGGACGAGAAUUCAACUGCACAGUAAAAGAGACUCCAGUACUUCACUUAUUUGGGAAAAAAUUGAAGAGCCAUCCAUAGAUUGUCAUGAAUUUGAGGAAUUAUUUUCUAAAACUACUGUAAAGGAAAGGAAGAAACCAAUUUCUGACACCAUCACAAAGACCAAGGCUAAACAAGUUGUCAAGUUACUAAGCAACAAAAGGUCACAAGCAGUUGGAAUAUUGAUGUCUAGCCUUCACUUAGAUAUGAAAGAUAUACAACAUGCUGUGGUGAACUUGGACAAUUCUGUGGUUGACCUGGAGACCCUUCAAGCUCUCUAUGAGAAUAGAGCACAGUCAGAUGAACUGGAAAAAAUUGAAAAACACGGCCGGUCCUCCAAAGACAAGGAAAACACCAAGUCUCUGGACAAACCUGAGCAGUUCCUUUAUGAACUGUCACUAAUCCCCAACUUUUCAGAGCGAGUCUUUUGCAUCCUGUUUCAGUCCACAUUUUCAGAAAGCAUUUGCUCAAUUCGGCGCAAACUGGAGCUGCUACAGAAGUUGUGUGAGACAUUAAAAAAUGGCUCAGGGGUCAUGCAGGUUUUGGGUUUGGUUCUUGCCUUUGGCAACUACAUGAAUGGUGGAAAUAAGACUCGGGGACAGGCAGACGGUUUCGGGUUGGACAUCCUCCCAAAGCUGAAAGACGUCAAAAGCAGUGACAAUAGCAGAAGCCUUUUGUCAUAUAUCGUGUCCUAUUAUCUUCGCAAUUUCGAUGAGGAUGCUGGGAAGGAACAGUGUGUGUUUCCACUGCCGGAACCCCAGGACCUCUUUCAGGCCUCGCAGAUGAAGUUUGAAGAUUUUCAAAAAGACCUCAGAAAACUCAAGAAAGACCUGAGAGCCUGUGAGGUUGAAGCGGGGAAAGUGUACCAGGUGUCCUCAAAAGAGCACAUCCAGCCAUUCAAAGAAAACAUGGAACAAUUUAUUAUUCAAGCUAAAAUUGACCAAGAAGCGGAGGAGAACUCACUGACAGAGACUCAUAAAUGCUUUUUGGAGACUACAGCCUAUUUCUUCAUGAGACCAAAAAUUGGAGAGAAGGAGGUGUCCCCAAAUGUUUUCUUCAGUAUCUGGCAUGAAUUCAGCUCCGACUUUAAAGACUUUUGGAAGAAAGAAAACAAACUUAUUCUACAAGAGAGAGUAAAAGAAGCUGAAGAGGUGUGUAGGCAGAAAAAGGGAAAAUCACUUUAUAAAAUAAAACCAAGACAUGACUCUGGAAUUAAAGCGAAAAUAAGCAUGAAAACCUGAACAACGAAAAGCAGAACGAAAAUGAGUCCCUGCAGCCACUUCCACAGAAUUCAGCCGACCUGAGGGCAGGAAGGAAACUCAUCAUUUUGAUCACUUUUCUUCUUGGCCUCUUGCAUAAUCUCUGUGUUUUCCAGACAGUUCACUGAUUGUUGAAUUCUACUGUAUAUUAAAAAAAAAAAAAAAAGCAAAAGCAGUAGGCCAGUGGAGAA